AUGCCUAAUACAGAAGGCUUUGACGAUCAACAUUCCCAAAAGGAAGGCACUGAUCCUAUUAAUGCCGCCUACAGAGAUGCCCUUCUAGAGAGGUAUAAUAAUGUAAAUGGAAAUAAAGAAAACAUGACAAAUGAUGACGAUGAUGAUAUUCAAUUCUAUGAUAAGUUUAAGAGAUCAAUUCAUAAUAAAACCUCCAAUUUUGAAAAUUUAGAAUCGUCUAGUGAUUUAGAUUACACGGAUGAUUCAGAUUAUACAGAUAGAGCAAAUCAAACAUUUGUUGUUCGCAAUUCCGAUUCCGAGUCUGACAAUGAUGAAGAAGAAGAGGAAGAAUUAGAUGAUGAAUUUUUAGAGGAUGACAGCGAAGAAGAUGCGAAUGACUGUCUGAUCGAUGACUUACUUGACACAACUACUACAUUACCAGAUCAAACGAAAACACAGAGAAAUUCUGAAUACAAUAGCACAGAUAAUGAGAAUGCUAUAGGGUCUGAUGAUGAAGAACUUGAGGACGAUUCUGAGUAUGAUAUUGAUAUUGAUAACUUAUUAUCGACAGAACCUCAAUUCCAAUGGUUUCGAUUUAUUUUGGUAGUUCUAGUAUUGACUAUAUUUUUGCCUAUAGUACCUGUGAUUUUCAAAUUUACAAAUAAUUUUGGUAAAUCAAUUGUUCGUCAUUCAUUUUAUUCGCAAAAUUCUAAUAUCGAUAUGACAGGGUCAUUUGGAACAUUACAAAAACAAAUUAACCAUCUAUAUAAUGAAUUAAGUGUAAAAGAUGAAAGACAAAAAGUAGAAUUUGAUGAAAAAGUUAAAAUAAUUAUAUCUCAAUUUGAGAAAAAUAUCAAAAAACUUAUGCCAAAAAAAUUAUUAAGUUUUGAAGAUGAAAUUGAGGAAUUAAAUAUAAAAUUGAAUGAUUUAACUAACAAAUAUGAUUUAAUUAAUACCGAGAGGGUGCCAAACCAUAUCGAUAAUGAAAAAUUAGAAAUCACUAGAUCUGAAUUAUUAAAAAAACUUGACUUGUCGUUACCAAACAACAUACCCAUUGAUACGAUGAAUAAUGCGUCUGUAAAAGAUAUUAAUUUACAGGAUUUUAAGAAAUAUGUAUCCAAUUUUCUUAUUUUAUUAUUCGAUAAUAUUAUGGAAACCAAUUCAAUUAUAACAUCAGAAAAUGUAACAUUAGAAGCGACAAUUAAUGCAUAUAUCGAAGAAAUCACCAAUGAAAAACUCAAAAUGUUUGAUAAUACUGCUUCAAUUAAUGAACUGAAGCGAAACAUAGAAGAAAUGAGAGUAGAAUUAUGGUAUGAAAUAAAAGAGUAUCUUUCCAAAGUUAAGAACGACGUCAACUUAGAAAAUUCUCAUUCGGUCAAUCAAAUAUCAACUUCAUUUUUGAAAACAAUCAUUUUACAAAUAUAUAAUUCUAAUCGUUAUCAAUGGGAAAAUGAUCUAGAUUUUGCCACUACCGUUCAAGGUUCGUCGAUAAUACCCAGUUUAACCUCACCAGUCAAUCCCAAAGGAAAUGGACUAAAACCAUUAGCGUUACUUUUAGAUUCAGUUUAUAAUUCUCCAUCUGCAUAUUGGGAGUGUAAAAUAUCCAAAGACAGUCCAUGCAAAGUGGCUAUUAAAUUUAAUAGACCACUACAUUUAACAAGAAUCUUCUACAUUCAUGGUCGUUUGAUAAACAAUUUACAUAUUAUGAAUUCUGCACCUCGUGAUAUCUCAAUUUAUGUAUUAUUACAAAACGAUAGAGACCAUUCUUUAUUCACAAAAGAGGCUCGGAAUCAAGGACAAGGAGUAUUACAUCCUAAUGAUCGUAGAUUUGUCAAGAUUGGAACAUUUGCAUACGAUCUGAAAAGUCUAAAAGUGAGACAACAGUUUCAAUUGCCAAGUUGGUAUAUCAAUUUUAAACCAUUGGUGAAAGCUGUAUUAUUUGAAGUUGAUAACAAUCAUGGGAAUGAACAAUUUGUUUCAUUAAAGAAAUUUAUCAUAAACGGUGUUAUUGAAGAAGAUUUAGAUAUCAUUAAAUCAGGCAUAUUCCCAUUAGAUUUCAGUAAUGGCAAUUAUAUACCCGAAUAUGCUUCUGAAGAAUUCAAUGAACCCACUGAACAUAGAUCGUUACCAUCAAAGGAUGUAGCCUCAUUCGGAGAAGAUCAGCCAGUUAAUUAA